AUGCUUUCCUACGACGCUCCUGGACACCUUAACGGACAACAACCGACGGGUCGGGCGGGCGGCAUGUCGAACCAGUCGUCUGUUCCUCUGAAAUCGAGCAAUUCUGGUCAUGUCAAUGGAAACUUGGACAACAAAUAUCAUCACAUCUGGCUCGUCACGGGCCCUGCAGGAUGCGGCAAGACCACCGUUGCCGAGCACAUUGCCUCGUCCUUGAAGGUCCCCUACGUGGAGGGCGACAACUUCCACCCUAAAGCCAACAUUGACAAGAUGGCCAACGGCACGCCACUGACCGACGCCGACCGCUGGGACUGGCUCACCGCGCUGCGCGAAGAGUCUCGCCGCCAACUCGCCAAUGGGUCCGAUGGUGUGGUCCUCACCUGCUCCGCGCUCAAGCGCAAGUACCGAGACGUCAUCCGUGUGGCUGGCUAUUACGACCACUCGCUCCUGAUUCACUUCAUCUACCUAGAUGCCGACGAAAACGUUCUCCUGCAACGCGUCAAGAGGCGACAGAACCACUACAUGGGCGCGAACAUGGUGUCGAGUCAAUUCAGCAUCCUGGAGCCUCCCCAGGCGGACGAGCGGGACGUCAUCUCGGUGGACGUCAGCCGGACCAUGGAAGAAGUCAAGCGGGACGCACUCAACCGGGUGACGGCCAUUAUGGAGGAAGAGCAGCAGUAG